AUGACUUGUUUUGAAGAUCUAUCAAAUGAAUUACUAUGUGAAAUAUUUGAUUAUCUUGAUGGAUAUUGGUUAUAUCAAAUAUUUUCAAAUCUUAAUUUUCGACUUGAACAACUUCUUCAUUCUUCAUCGGUAUUAUUAAAGACUAGUUUUCACAUACUUAAGAAUGAUGAAAAUAUGAAUAUGUUUAAACGAUUUAUGUUUGCCAAUCGACAUCAAAUAUUUUCCAUACACAUUCCAUCUAAUGCACUUAUUCUAGUUCUAAGUAAUUUAUCUUCGUUACCACAUUUAUUUUCAUUAACAAUCGAAACAUCUAAUGUUGAAGAAAAAAUCAAUGAUAUUUUUCGAUUGAUAUUUGUCUUACCUAAAUUGAAAUAUUAUCGCAUUGUUUCUUCUGCUAUUCAUCAGUCAAUUACAAUUCCAAUGGCUAUGAAUAAUCAAUUUAGUCCUAUUGAAUAUCUUGUUAUUGAUCAUUAUUGUUCUUUGAAUGAACUCACAUCUUUACUUUCUCAUACACCACAACUCCGUCGUUUAACUCUUCAUAAAAUAAAAUCUAACAAUGAUUCAAAUAUUAUAAUAUUAUCAUCAAUUACAUUAGAUAAUCUAAAAUCGAUCUAUUUGGAUUUAUGUCUAACAAAAUUUAAGGAAUUAGAAAUAUUUAUGACAAUAAAAAUAUUUCCAAAUUUAAAAAGUUUAUGCAUUGUUGGAUCAAAAGAUAUUUCUUUUCUUCAUGCAUGUCGAUGGAAACAAUCAAUUUUAAAUUAUUUUCCUCAAUUAGAAGAAUUUUAUCUCAUUUAUAAUGAUGAUGAUGAUGAUGAUGAACAAAACUAUCCAAUAUAUACUGAAAGACCAAAUCAAUUUUCUUCAUCAUUUUGGAUUGAACGACAAUGGCUAUUUGAAGUUGAAAUUAAAGAUAUAUCUAUCAAAUAUACAAUUCGUCCAUAUAGUAAAGGAUGGUAUUAUGAAACAAAUGAUAAUAUUAUUGAUUGUUCUACAUUUAUUAAUUUGACAUUCGAAUGUAUUCCUGAUUCUAUAUUUGACGAAGAAAGAUCCAAAGAAAUUGAACGUGUAUUAACAAUAACAAAAAUUUAUUAUUUGGAAAUUCUCGAAGAAGACCUCUCAAUUCCAGUAUUAAUUCAAAUUAUCAAUCUAUUACCAAAUAUAACUACAUUAAAAAUUCAUUCAUUAUCAACAGAUAAAACAACAGAAUUAACUCUUAAAGAACUUCUGAUUUUAUGUUCAAUGAAGCAGACAAGUCAAAUUACCAAAGUCUAUCUUGAGGAAAUUGGUGAUAUUCAUAAAGAACUUGAUUUUCUUUUCACACUUUGUCCAUAUAUGAAAUAUUUCAAAGUUGGACGUACAAAUACAACAGAUAUUCAAUCGUUUUUACGUACUAUUUUCAAGAAAAUUAAUCGCAAUAAUAAUCAUCAUCUUCGUUUAUUAUGUUUUCAUAUUUCAACAGUAGAUGAUCGAAUAGUUGAAAAUAUUGAAGAAAUGAUCAAAUGUGACAAACUACUUCCUUAUUUUACAGUUAAACGUAUACUGAAUGAUGUCUAUUUACAAUGGAAAUGGCUUGAACAUAUAGAUCUUUUUUCUUGUAACAUUUAUUUAAUAAAUAAAAUAAAAUGA